GAUAUCGUAUUCAGAAUUUAAAACAAAAUGCGUGACUCGGUGGUUUCGUGAAAUUCUUCAGUUUUAUGGAUGGAAGACUACAAUAUUCCGUGAUACUGUUUAGAAAUUAAGCCAUCAUAUAAUACAAGAAGCCCCUAAUCACACCUUAAUUAGCUAGUCAAAGGUUCUGAGACAUGGAAAGUAGACAUGCUACAAUAUUAUGCCUGCUCCUUGCUGGUUUGGUACUGGUUUUUAUAUUCAACCAGACCUCAUAUGGAUCGAUACCACUGUUUGUCUUCCAGUCUAGCCAAUACUGUAAUUCCUCUACCCAGAGCAACACAAGAAAUUAUACAGAUGCGCUUGAAUCAGCUUUAUCCGAGGUUUCCAUGGCAAACAAGACUGUGAUAAUUGCAAUUGUAAAUAAGGCCUAUGUAGAAGGAGAUAAGCCAAUGCUUGAUUUGUUUUUAGAUGGUUUCUGGCUUGGAGAAGACACAAGAGGCUUGAUUUCUCACCUACUUCUUGUUGCGGUCGACCAAACAUCUUUCGAACGUUGUAGGUUUCUCCACCUUCACUGCUACAAACUCGAAGCAGAUGAUCACGCCAAUUUUGAGGCUGAGAAACUCUACAUGUCACAGGAAUUUAUUAAGAUGAUGUGGAGGAGAACUCUCUUCCUCAAAGAUUUGCUCAAGCGGGGCUACAGUUUCGUAUUCACGGACAUAGAUGUGAUGUGGCUAAGGAAUCCAUUUCCAAGGCUAAAUAGCUUCAAUGAGAGCAUGGAUCUUCAAAUCAGUGCUGAUAAGUUCAAUGGGGAUCAAUGGUCUGAAUCCAACCCGAUCAACACAGGCUUUUACAUGGUCAGAUCCAACAACCGAACAAUUUCGUUAUUUGAAAAGUGGUACAACAGGAAGAAUAACUCCACCGGAGUGAAAGAGCAGGAUGUUUUAGACAGCAUGAUGCAUGAAGGUGUUUUCAUAGAAUUAGGCCUCAGUGUGAAAUUUUUAGACACGCUUUAUUUCAGUGGCUUCUGUGAAGUCAGCAAGGACUUCAAAGCUGUCACGACGGUUCAUGCCAAUUGCUGCCGAACUAUAAGCGCCAAGGUGGCUGAUCUGACGGCGGUCAUUCAUGAUUGGAAGAAGUUCGAGAGCUUAUCGAAUUCGAACCAGACAUCGAGUUUGAAAUGGACUAACCAUGUGAACUGUGAGGGUUCCUGGAAAGAUUUCAAUGUGACCUUGGGCUAGCUAGUUUUGAUUGACUUCUAGUAACACAUAGUUUAAGCUACUUAGCACUACGGUCUAGUGAUUUUUCUUUUCACUUGUAAGUGAAAUAUCUUAGGUUCGAUUUUUGCCGAACCACAAUAUUGUUAGUCCGUUGUGAGGCAAAGCUCAUCCCCUCUUUUAGUGUAGAUAAUAUCGUUUGUUAUAAAAAAACACAUAAUUUAAGUAGGAUUAUAUACCUUGUGUUUGAUAAAUUUUAGGCGACUCAAGUGUUUU